UGGUCCACGGGCGACUUCCCGUGCCCGCGGUGCCGGGAAACGGCUCCGGAGCGGAGCUUCCGUCCCAACCGGGAGCUGGCGCGGGUGCUGGAGGUGGCCAAGAGGAUGAGCCUGGAGGUAUCCCGGGAGGAUGCGGCGGAGCCGGGCGGAUGCUCCAGGCACCGGGAGCCUCUCCGGGUUUUCUGCAAGGAGGACGCGGCCCUGCUGUGCGGAGUGUGCCGGGAAUCGCGGGCGCACCGGGCGCACGCCGUGAUUCCCGCAAUGGAGGCUGCCGAGGAAUACAAG